UGUUCAUAUCAAACGGAUAUUAGUGUUUUACAGUUUGGAAACAGAUCAAUAUUCAGCAGCAGUGAUGGCAUUAUGUACUAUUUUACUGCCUUAAAAAAAGAUGGGGUCAGGUUUAAAAUUAUUUGUGCUAUUUUCAAUUCUAACAAUUUUAAAUGGAUAUGAAUAUUAUGAUGACAUGAGAGAAGUUAAACAAAAAAUGCUGGAGAAGUACAAUGUUGAUGCCGUUCCGAAAUCUGCUAGUAAUGUGUCUCUUGUGGUGAACGCUACUUUGUAUGUUAUGGCUCUCAGUGGUUUGGAUGAGAAACAUCAAGUUCUAUCGAUGUCGGUAUUUUGGAUUAUUAGUUGGCAGGAUGUUAUAUUCAAAUGGGACAACACGAAAUAUAAAUCUGUAAAAGAAAUGACAGUUAAAGUUAGAGACCUGUGGGUACCUGAUGUUUUUGUUGUAAAUGCUCUCAAGGAUAUGCGCGUUAGUCGUUUGGAGGAAAAUGAAUAUGUGAAUGCGUUAUCAGAUGGACAUAUGACGUGGUAUCCGUCAACAGAAUUGAUGACGUCAUGCUCUGUGGAUAUUUCAAAAUAUCCCUUUGACAUUCAAGUGUGCAGCAUACGAAUAGAAUCCUGGUACCACAAUAGUAAAGAUUUUGUUUUAAAUCCUGGAAAUCCUGGAAUCGAUUUUUCUGAAAGUCAUUUUCUAGAAAAUGGAGAAUGGAAAGUUACUAACUUAACAUUAUUUUCAUAUAACUAUACGGAUUAUCUCGAUAACACAACAUUUUAUACUGGAAUUAAAUAUUUGAUUACAUUGAAGAGGAGAUCUUCUUACCACCUGUUGACCACGGGUUUUCCAUUUAUUAUCCUUAUGUUUCUGAACACACUCUCUGUUAUCAUCCCGACGGAAUGUGGAGAAAAAUUAGGAUUUUGUAUGGCACAGUUUUUAACAGUUAUUGUUUUUCUGACACUUGUUGCACAGUCAAUGCCCGUUUCUUCACUUACAGUUUCAUAUUUUACAUUAAUUAUUGCUUCUCAAAUUUUAAUCAGUGGAUUUUCGACGUUAAUUGUUGCUGUUAGCAUUUAUUUUCAAAAUAAAUCGGAAAACAAGAAACCGCCCUUGUUCCUGCAAAUUGUGUUAACACCAGUUCUUUAUUUACAAAAUGUGUUUAAAAAUCCCGAAAAAGAAGACAAUGAGGAACAUGCAAUAACAUGGACGCAUUUUGAUGAAAGGGUAAACUGCAUUUUACGAGUUGUUUUGUUUAUCAAUAUCGGAGUUUCUAUUUCACUGUAUGCAAUAUUUGUACUGAUCAAUUGAAAGUAAGAUAAUAACCUAACUUUAGUAAGAACUGUAUGAUAGAUAUUGUUGAAUUGAAUUGAAGAACAAACCAUGGAGUAAUAUAAAUAAAUAAAUCUGGCAAAGAAGUCAAACAUUUACUGUCAUAAUUUAGCCCGACAAUCAUACUGACGCGUGUAAAAACAAUACUAACAUUUAGACAACCACGGGACACAUCAUAUGUUAGUUAACAUGGUAGGAAAUAAAAUAUGUAUAAAGCAAAUAAUUCGGGUAGACUUUGU